AUGCCAGAGUCAAGCGAUUACCCGAAGCGACCGGUUCUCAUAGACAUUGAGACCGGCUUCACUUUUUCUGCCGGGCGCUUCAAGGUCACUAAUGGAAAUGUGAUCCGAAUCAAAGGUUCCCGCCUACGGGCCCUCUUCAACCCCGCAAGCCUCCCCCAGAGACAUGAGCGGGAGAAGGCGGAAAAGGCUGCAGAGGUUCUGUCAAAUAAAGCGUUUGUGGCUGGACAGUUGAAGCAUUACGGAAUUAAAUUUCCAUCGACAGCUAAACUGGGUGCCAUUCGUGAUAUUCUAAGACGUGCGGUAGAUCAAGGCAAGUGCGAUCGGGUCCCGCCGUUUCUGAGGAGAGUUGAAGAGACAAUGAGACGCGACAUUGAGAUUCUGGACGCGGAAUGGGAGACCAAGAUUGAGACCUGGCGAGAAAACAGGUUUGCGGCAGCCGGUGAAAGAGCCCAGAACGACAUCAAUGACUUUCUCGACUUGUAUUUUUUAACCAACGGCUACCCGGAUCCCAGCAAAACACCAGCACCUCUUGCGUUGUGUGGAUACCGAGACCUCCACACAAUUUACGUAGAGGCCGGCAAGGUACCUGGUCUUUCACUCGUCAGUGGCGGUUCUGCAAACAACCAAGUUCUAUGUGUCGGUUGGAACUAUCUCGCUGUUUCCAAGCUUGCAAGCACUUUCGGCAAAACGAAUCAAACGGACAAGAAUCCACAACAAGAGAACUAUUGCGAAGACGAUACGUAUGAUCAACACUAUGACGCCGUAUCAGGCCAGAACUUGGCCAAUGUCUCCAAGCCCCUGGACUUGGAGCAGCUGUUCGGCUCGUAUGUCAUCCAAUUUGAUGGUAUAUCUGAGAAAUGGCACAUGGUAGACGUCUUUACUCUAGACAUUGGUGAGCUCAAUGACGGAGUGCUGAUGGCGGCAUAUGAUUUCGGAGACGUUUAUGGAACAAUGAUCAUGACCCCUGGGCGCCUUUUCUAUUUAAUCCGCGGCCGCGCGAGGGGAGAAGAUGUCAUCUUCUAUGAUCCAGAGAGAGGCCACAUCGACAUCCUCGACGACGAAUGCACCAAACUUUCAGGCAUGGCUAAAACACUGGCGGAUAUGGGAUCAGACCUAGACUUCUGGGCGCACAAGGUGGCAGACGAGCCUAACAAGCACGUCCGAGCUUGGGGAGACUUUUCAGAGAAGGCGUAUGAGUUUGAGAGCAGGGACAGAUGGCGACGGCGUUGA